AGAUGCCACUAUGCACGUUGUCGUAGGGGAGCGUGGGGCGAAGAGGGUGCAGCACGCUUUGUUUUGAAGAAGUAACAGUGCAGAGUUGGUGUCCAGACCAUAUCGAUAUCUCCGACAAUCGAUGAUGAGUGAUAAAACCGAAGAGAACAUCGAGAAGAGCGACGACAAGAAGGACAUCGAGAUGGAAGAGAGAGAGAAGAUGUUAAAUGCCGAGAACAAGGCGCUGGAGAAGGUGGAAGAAAGCGGGGAAGAGAAGAAAGUGAAGAGCGACAUCAAGGAGGGGAUGGAGGUGAAGCCGAAGAAGAUCCCGAUCGGGGGCAUACAGAUGCCGGGGUUCUUCACGAGGAGCAAGUCUAAGGAGAAGUGCAAAGACGACGACCAAGAGGUGGAGGGCUCCGAGCUGAUCGAAACCAAAGCCGCCUCCGAGGAUGUGCCCCCUCAGACGCGCAUUAAGCUCCCCAACCCCUUCCGCAAAUCCAAAAUCCUGGGCGAAGAAGACAGCGACAAACCCCCUGAAACCAAAGAGAAGAAGAAGCUCCUGGACACGAUCCGCCUCCCCCUGGUGUCAGUUUUCCCCAGAAAGAAGAAAGACGACCAGAAACUGGAGAGCCAGACCGCGCAGGCUGGUCUAGCCUCCAUGGAAACUCUAGACGACAAAAGUACGGACGAUAAGGGUAACGACGAAAUGAAGACUGUGAACUUGGACGAGAAAAAAGACUUGGAGGCGCAGGAGGCCGUCGAGGAGACCACCUGGAGGCAGAACCUCAAGACCUACAGGGUGGCCAUCAGUGCUGUGCUCGUUUUUGUGUUGAUUUUGAUCAUUGUGGCUGUGGCGAUCCCCAGAAUGUCCCUGAAGGAGGCGCUGGUCAAGGAUGGACGGUUCGUGGAAACCGUGACCAGCUGCGGGAAAGUCGAAGGGCUUGUUGAAGACAGCGCCAUCGCCUUCCGCGGCAUCCCCUACGCCCGCCCGCCCACCGGCUCGCUGCGCUUCAAGUACGCCCAGCCCCUCAACAACAUCGACUUCUGCUGGAACGACACCUUCAAGGCGCACAACGCCAGCGCCCCCUGCUUGCAGAUCCACAGCGACGGCGCCGUCUCGGGCACCGAGGACUGCCUCACCCUCGACGUCAUCACCCCCUACGUGCGCUACACCGACCCGCUGCCCGUUAUCGUGCUCAUCGGCGCCGACAGCUUCAUCGGCGACUCCCCCGGGAAGCUGCGUCCGUCGGCCCGCUACGCCCGCUCCAAGGACGUGGUGUUCGUGCGGCCUAAUUUCCGCCUGGGGGCGCUGGGUUUCCUCGCCCUGGACGUGCUUUCCCAGUCGGAUUACCCGCACACGUCGGGUAACUACGGGUUGUCGGAUAUCCUGGAGGCGCUGAAGUGGGUGCAGUUGAACAUCCAGCACUUCGGCGGGGACAAGGAAGCCGUGACGCUGCUGGGGCACCGCGCCGGGGGGACGAUGGUGACGGCGCUGGCGACGCUCCCGGACGCCGAUAAGUACUUUGCGAGGGCGUGGGCGGCGUCUGGAGGGGCGCUGUUCCCGAAUAAAACGCGCCAUGAGGCGGAGAACGAAAACGGGACUUUUUUGCAGCUGGUGGACUGCAAGGAUGCGGAGUGCUUGAGGGGGCUGGACGCGGAGGAGCUAGUGAGGGCGGUGGAGGACACGUGGAGGAAGCCGCAGCCGGACUUGCCGAGCCCGGACGAGGAACCGGCGAAGAGGCACGAGUGGCUGGUGCUGGACGGGCGGAUCUUGAAGGAGUACCCCGCGGAGGCGUGGACCAAAAAAAAAAUCAACCUGGUUGUCGGGAGCACGGCUCACGCCGGCGCUUCCCAGAAGCUCCUCCUCAAGCACAAAGAGUGGACUCCGUUUCUGGUGAAGAAACACAUCCAGGACUCUUUUCUUUCGACUAAGAACUUAUCAGAAAGUGCCCUAAAGCUCUACCCUCACACCUACAAAGGUCUCAGCGCCAUGAUCUCGGACAUACGCACCGUGUGUCCUUUACUGGCUAUCACCAGCAAAAUGCAGGAAGUCCCGUUUUAUGUGGUGACGCAGCCGCGGGGCGAGCAAGACGUGGCGGACGUCGACUCCGACAUGGACGCCAUUUUGGGGCGGUACGAGCCGAAGACGCCCGAACAGAAGCGGUUUUUCUCGGCGAUGCAGGGGCUGUUUUACCACUACGUGUGGUUCGGGACGGUGGAGCACGGCGAGCUGGGGAAGCGGAUCCUGGUGGUGGGUCAGGAUAUUCUGGCCGACGCCAGGUACUCACACUGCGCCUUUUGGAUCAAUAAAGGCGUGGUUUUACCGUAUGCAGCUCUUGAUUAAUUUAUUGUAUGUGUACGACGGCCGCGGGUGGGGGCGGCGGCGGCCGCCCCCACGCGGGGCCGUUUUAGGCCUAAUUUUUGAUCUCUUAUACAUCAUUGUUGAAAAUUUGCCAAAUGUACGACACGUUUUUAUACUCAAAUUAGGUUUAGCAAUAAAUGUGAAGCUUGGAAUGUACUGAGAUGAAGUCCAAUUUAAUCGUAAUUACCCGAUAUUAUAUUUUGUAUUUUAUUUAUAUGAGCUUUUGUAACGAUAUACACCUUGUACUUGAUUCUGUGAAUCGAUUUUAUUUAUGAACGAAAUGUACCUUUUCUAUUUACUUAAUAAAUGAUAUUGAUUGUA